GCGAGUCGAGCCACAUCGCCACGGGCCGCUUCGUCGUCGCGCGCCUUUCCUUUUUUUUACCCCGCCGUCGGCGCGAGUGUUGAAGCGGCUUUCUCCCUUUGGUCGAGCGUUCGACGCACCGCGAUCGCUACUCCGCGACUCUCCUCCCUGACCCCACGGCCGAAAAUUUUUUGUACUGCUCUGCAACGAAAAAAAGGGGUCGCGUACGCAAGCGACGUUCCGUGGGAAUCCGUGUGCCACGGCGCACGGGGAUUCUCUCGCUGUGAAAGGAAGAGAGAGAGAGAGAGAGAGAGAAAGAGAGCGAGAGAGAGAGAGAGAGAGAGAAAAAAAUGUUCGAGUGAGUGAGUGAGUGUGCGCGUGGACGCGUGUGUGGCUAUUGUAAACACGUGACAUACAGUCGAGGGGAGGUCUGUGUAAACGAGUUGGAAUCGAUUUGCUGCGAGACGAUGAUUAAUGUACCACGUGGAGGCGCGUGCAGCGGCGCCAGAUGAUGAUGACGUUUUAACGGGCGUCGCUAACGCGCAUCUCUCCCGAGUUCUCGAACGCUCGCCUCGGCAAUCUGCCCACUUCGAAAUCGAAAAGUGCUCCCGAACAAUGCGCAGCCGAUGAUGGAAGACGAGAGGGCACAGGAGCGCGUCGUCGCGAGAAGAGCCGGUCGCAGGCAGCGGUGCGCCUAAGCCACCGCAAAGUGCGCGAGUGUUGGCGCAAGUCGGCGAGUAUACAGUGAUAUUCGGAAGCAGCGAGGGACUAUGUCGGAUGAGCAGAAGCAACGAUCAAGGUCGCCGACGUCGAGCAGCAGCAGCAGCUAAAGGAUGGGGCGUAGCCUGCUGGUCGUCGUCAGUCUGCUGCUGGCGUUGCCGCUGCUGCUCAUCGCCAGUGGCCUGCCCACCACCGCAGCCAGCCGUGAGUACCUCAGUAGCUUCGCUGACAAUGCAUCGUCCAGUCAUCGCCUGAAGCAGCGGUCCACCGAAUCGCCACGAACGAGUUCGGUGAACGAAGCAGGCGUAUUGACCUUGCGCAAUGGCAAGCAAGAGAAUGUCGCUAGUCGGCGGAACAGACGAACAACGACACUGGCACCUUUGUCGUCAUCAUCGCCGUCCUCGGAGCAGCAACAGCAGCAGCAGCAGCAGCUGUCGAGUACUCUGGGCGUGACGAGGAAUGGUGCGACGACGACGUCGAGUCCCCCGACGGAUACCGAAACGUUCGUCGAGCCCGCGGCACUUCUUGCCCCCGAGGAUUGGCGAACCAACUCUUCGUCUGGUGACAGUAUCUCCCUGUUACAGACUGCUACUGAGCAGCCUAUCGAACUCGUUGUCAAACCUCUCAGCAAGGUCGUUUUACCUUGCGAACUUGAGGGAAAUUACACCAGUCUUUUCAUGACUGCUGUUAGGAGUUACAGAAUACGUCCGGCGAGUUGGUUGCACGAAGGUGUCGCCGUGGACAUGAUAACUAUUGACACAAGGACGGAAAUGAGCGGGACGGGACAUCGUUACAUUGGCGACUCGUCAACGGCGGCAUUGCACAUCGACAACGUGAGACUCGAAGACGAUGGGACCUGGAUCUGCCAACUAGAAGACGACCGAGGUAAACUGGUCGUUGGGAGACCUGUCAAACUUGUCGUUCUUGAGGCGCCACGAGGGACGUAUCUGCUGAUAGACGGUCGCCGGCUGGACCCAGGCAACCAAUUCGUACCAGUGAAGGAAGGUUCCGAACUGACGUUGGAGUGUGCUGCCGAAGGUGGCAAUCCACCACCAGUUCUCGCCUGGGGUAUGUCCUUCUCGCAAGCUACCCUCGACGGACCCGAACAACCACCUGACAACCUUACCAUUGUACCGGCUACCUCGCCCGUUAAAAGUGGUGCUCAUCUCAAGGUCCUUCGGGGACAUCAUAACGCUACUAUCAUUUGUGUCGCCAGACACGUCACUCUACCUAUACCUAUGAAUGCUAGUAUUCUACUCGACGUGCAGUACACGCCGUCGUUCGCGAUCACGCGACUGCCCGGCUUUGGAAUUCCAAUCGUCGAGGGGAUGUCAGUCAGUCUCAAGUGCGAAGUGGACAGCAAUCCAUCAAGUGCUCCCAUAUGGCAGCGAGACAACGGGCCGCCGCCAGUGGAGCAAAGUGACGACGGCUGGCUGAACUUCACGAAGAUCACAAGAGACGAGAGUGGCUGGUACAAGUGCUACACACGUCACAUGCUCGGCAUCUUUGAGAGCAUCGGCUACUUUCUCAACGUGCGCUCCAAUCCUGAAAUAGAAACUGAAGCAGAAGCAUUAAACGGCGAGGCAACGGACUCGCGUAAAGUGGAAGUGCAGAUCGGCGGUGCUGUGACGCUUGAAUGCGAUGGUGGUUGUUGGGGUCAUGGACCUAAUAUGGAUCCUGUUGGUGGCCCUGGGCCGCUAUCGCUUAGUAGGGUGGUUUAUCAAGAAGCUGGCGAGUAUCGCUGUGUCGCACCCGAUCGCAAGAUGCAGGACACUUGGAGAGCUCAGUUGCCUUAUCACGUGACUGUUAGCGGUCCACCAAUGGUCCAUCCUAAAACACAGACGAUGACAACGAACGAGGGCGACACGCUCGACGUGAUCGUCGAAUUUUGCGCGGAGCCCAACUACACAAAAGUCAUCUGGAUGUCCGAGGAAAGGGUGUACGUGCCAGGCGGAGAAUCACGCGACGGUGUCAGAGCUCUCUCAAUCGAGGAUGGCGGUACGAAGGCCUGCUACCGGUCGGUGUUACGCUUCGAGCGAGUGCAGCGAUCUCACGCAGGUGAAUGGAUGCUGCUGGUGCGCUCAGCUGAGGGUAACUUUGCCGAUGCCACCGUCUCGCUCAACGUCACUCUUGCAGCUGGUUACAGCCACGCCCAUGUCACACAGCCGAGUCUCAUUGGCAUACUCAUAUGUCUCGGACUUGUCAAUAUAUUUAGGCUUCGAAAUCCUGUCUGAAGCUUACGCUCAUGAUCCUGAUCUAUCGCGAAGGUCUCGCUCUCAUUUGCUUCUUUUCAAAAGGCUCUGAUACUGUUGUACAUAUGUCGGAUUGUGUGCCAAGCGUUUUCGAGUGAUAGAUAUGCUUCACGUGCGUUCUGAUGCAUGAUGAUGUUAUUUUUUAUUGAUUUAUUGACAAAGAGCUGAUCAGUCGGCUCUUUAUUGCAAGUUAGCGAAAGUCUAAAUCAACUGAUUUUCGAGUGAAAGGUUUGAAGCUUACUCAGCGGGUUACAAAAACCAAAUUGUGUAUGUAUAAUAAUUCGUUACCGUAUUCUAGAAUUAUUAUUGUGGCAUAGCAGUUGUAUUAUAAUUUAUUGUACCUUAGACUACAUUAUAUUAGAAUAUGAUUUAAUGGAUUUUAUAUUAGUGAUUUGUCAAAUGGAAUUUUCGACGUACAAUUUGAAGUGAUCGAAUAUUGAUUGAGAAUUACCCUUUCACAUGUUGCAACGGUUACGAUUCUCCACUCUACGUAAUGAAUUUCUAAUUGUAACCAUGAUGGCAUUCACAUUCGAGGUUGUCGACGAAAAGCCCACCGUGUUUCUAUUACUUUAUUUAUUUGCAGCAUCAGUGAUGCAAUUUAAUUUCAAGUCAUCCGCGCCACUGCUGAUGCUCUCCUUUAGCUAAAAUCGAUUUGCAUUUAUCGUAUCGCCCGGCAGCAGCACAGGUGUAUAUUCUUAUUUUGCGAGAAAAAGUAAUCAAUUCGACAAGCUAUAUAUAUAUAUAUAUAUAUAUAUAUAUAUAUGUAAUCACUCACCCGAGAGAAAAUUACAGUCAAGGUUGAAUGGUAAAAGAAGAGAUAUAGAUAGAGCUUCACGUUCAAUAAGACGGGAUUAUUUGGUUAAUAAAUAGCUUAACGCGGUCGAUUUAUAGCUACGUGGAAGUGAAGAAGAAAGACGUUUUUCUUUUUUUCGAGAGGGAGAGAAAGCAAAAUCACAGAAUAAGAGAGAGACUUUGAAUCUUCCCAUUAGUCUCCACCCAUAUCGGAAUACCACGUGCACGCUCGCGCGAAGCGGAUUAAAUUUGCCAGCGGCCGUCAGCGUUCUUGGCUGAUAUAAUUAUCGCGUUGUCGUCGUUGACGUGGGUGGGUCUGCUGGUGAAUCCGAGAAAUUCACGUACGCAGCGGGAACGUAAAGUUUGUUGGGGUAUCGCCAUCAUUGUUGUGCACGCGACAACGAACAAAAAGUACUCGAACAGGGGAAAAAAAACAACGUAUAUUGAGCAAUGUAUAUAACUGUAUAGAGUCGAAAAAACAACACUAAUAAUAAUAAAUAAAUGAAAAAAACCAAUUUGUAUGUAGUUAGAAAAAGAAAAACGCCAAAAGAAAAAAUGCAGCAUUUUUAUCUCGUCGAUUUAAGCGAUUCCGUUUUUCUUUUUAUCCUGUAGGCUGAUGGAUUCGUCACAGUGGAUGAAUUUAUUGUAUAUUAUCCUGUGACGCAUGCAUGUGAGGAGAGAGUGAGAGAAAGAAAGAGAGAGAGAGAGAGAGAGAGAGAGUGAACGAGAGAGAACGAGAGAGCUGCUAUAGAAUUUGUAAUGUGUACAUAGUCGGGUAUAGCGCGUGUGCGCGAGCAAAGCACAAGCAAAAGCAAACACGCCAUAGCCGCAUGACGAAUUAUAAACAGCAACAACAACAUUAUGGAAAAAGAUGGUACAUUACUAUUGCGAAAAAGAUAAAAAUAAGAAAAGUAUACAUAUUAUACAUACGGUAACGAUUACACACUGUUAGAGAAUAACACAUUUACCAUUUGUUGAUAUAUUUUUAUAAAGUUUUAUUUGGCGACGCCGUCCCGCGUCGACGCACCCGUAUGACACGCGUAGACAGUGAUUUCUUUAUCGAGGGAGAUCGGCUGGCAGCAGCGGCGCGCACCAUUUGCUUUUAUACAUGCGCGAGAAUUUGAUAUUGUUGCGGAAACUCAUUUAGCUCGUGCUGCAGACUGCCAGUGUCCGAUAUUAGAAUUGGACACUGGCGUGGUCAUCUAAUUACAAGUUUCGACCGCGAAACUCUAAGCGACGUCGCACCCUGCUGUACGGACGGAUUAACACCAUCCUCUUUACAACUUUUUCCAUUGUUAAACUUUUCUUUUUUGUUUUCUAAAUUGUGUUUUCGUGCUAUUUCACUAGGCACACGUAAUGCUGCUGUUGUUUGACUCUUGGCUCAUCAUUUUCGGAAAGUUAGUAGGCACAGUAGGAUAGUAUGAUGGACGUUUCGGAAAAGAUAUUGAAAUGUUGACGGUGGCGAAUUCCGGAGUAGUUGUAAGGUUAUCAACAACUCGAUUCGCGAAACGAGUUGGUGGAGUUUAAGUUUCGCAGACUGCUAAGAAAUUGCAUUAAAUGUUUCGAUAACUUUUCCAGACGCGAGUGCGCUGCUGCGAAAAAAAGUAGUAUUUACGAGAGCUCUCGUAGCCGAGAUAACUCGAGUCUUUGAUCCUAUUCAACUUUGGCUCCGGUUUUUGCCGGAUAAUUCUCGACGAGAAAAAAAAAGAGACUCGCGGACACUCCUAAAAACUUUCCUUCUGGUAAUCAAAUUACUUGGCAUUUAUCUACUUAGCGAUCGGCGAACUUCUUUUUCAGACGCGGGAGAGUGUUUGAGUCCAAGUGUAACCGUCCCUUAUCCUUUUCAAUGCGCAUGCGUCAAAGUAAAAAAAAGAUAAUUAAAAAAACAUGAGAAACGUCUAAGAUUGUUAUCGUUCAUUUUUUAGUUGUAAUUGUAUAGUUACGUAGGCCAAAAACAAACUCAUUGUAUUAAUCGUAUAUUAUAGAACAAACAAAUGUUCCACUGGCAUAAGAAUUAUUUACAUUCUUUGUUCAUCGUCUUGAUAAAAAUACAGACGAAUCAAAAGCUUUACAAGUUUUUGUAAUUAAUUUUUAUAAGCGGAAAAUACCAUUAAACGAUACAUAAGAUAUAUUAAAACGAAAGCCUAUUAGGAUAUUAAAUAUAAAAUAUUCGAAGAUAAGUACAACAUUUAAAAUGGGCUCUGUGUUGAAGAAAAUGAAUUUGCCAAAAUGUUUUGAUUGUAUAAGAAAGCAGCUUUAUUCAUUAAUGAUGAGAAAUAAAAGAAAACGUGUAAUAUCGACGUGAACGUAGCAAAACCUAGCGAUCUGCGCGUGGAGUUGUGGUUUUUUUUUGGCAACGUACAUAAUGAAAAAUGAAAAAAUGGAAGCCUAAAUAAUUCAGUUAUCUUCUCCGUGUUUCACUGUUAAUAAAGCGCAAGUCAAUUUGUAUAUAAAAUAAAAAUAACACCUGUAAUGAUAAUAAGAAGAAAAAAAAUAAACGUGUUCAUUAUUACACAUUACUCCCCUUGUAACUUAUGAUUACUAGGAUAUAUAAGCAUCAUGUGUGCACAAACAAAGUAUUUAUGAGAGUAUAGUAGGCGAGUUUAAGCGAACAAAGAAAGAAGAAAAAAAAGAAAAUUAACGUGUCACGACGUAAUUAAAUAGUUGAGCAUUGUUACAAUUGUGCCAGAAUCGUUUGUUAUCGACUGAUUUCAUUAUCUAUUUUUGUAAAAUCCUAUUCUUCCUAUCUCUAUCAUAACUCUCGUUUUUUAUUUCGCCACACAUACAUCACAGUCAUACAUCGUCACCACCUUCUUUGCGUGUAAUACACUAUCGAGCCAUUAAUUCUAAGUUCUAAGCCGAUAAACAAAAGAGAGUAAAACGAAACAAAGGCUAUAUAUACUGUAACCGACGUUCUCCAUCGUACUCCAGUGUAUUCUAAUUUAACCAAACUCGAAGAAUAAAGAACG